UCUGUCACACUUUUCUUUCUCUUCCUGUUGACUUGUGCAUGUUGUUUGUCUUGAGUUCCAUUGUUGAGGCUCAUCUUAACUGAUCUACUUGACCUUUGAAGAUGGCGCUGAUUCUGGUCGUCGUGCUGGCUGUCAUUCCUGCCGCCUGCUGCUAUCCUACUACCUUCCAAGACCUGGAUGUAGGUCGCAGCAACAGGACCUCCAUUAAGUUCCUGGCCCUAGGAGACUGGGGUGGUGUUCCUCAACCUCCUUACAUGACGGUGGUGCAGACAGCGACUGCUCAGGAGAUGAGUAAAAUAGCCCAUCAGAUGGGGACGGACUUUGUUCUGGCGCUCGGUGAUAACUUCUACACCAACGGUGUGGACAGUGUGGAUUCUCCCAGAUUUAAGCACACCUUUGAGGAUGUGUACACAAGCAAGUCUCUCAAUGUACCCUGGUAUGUACUUGCUGGCAACCAUGACCACAAGGGGAAUGUCAAAGCCCAGAUUGACUACACUCACAAGUCUGCAAGAUGGAACUUUCCUUCCUACUACUAUGAACUGGACUUCCGCAUCCCCAACACGGACAAGACGCUGACCAUCAUCAUGCUGGACACGGUGAUACUAUGCGGGAACUCUCUGGACUUUGCGGACCAGAAGCCCGAAAGCCCGCCGAAUGCGGUGGAGGCCAACCGCCAGGUGACUUGGCUCCAGGAGAGGUUGGCUCGAUCCAAGGCUGACUUCCUCCUGGUGGCGGGUCACUACCCAGUGUGGUCCGUGUCGGCACACGGGCCCACCGAGUGUCUCCAGCAAAGGGUUCGCCCCCUGCUGCUUAAACACAACACCACCGCCUACUUCUGCGGCCACGACCACAACCUGCAGUACAUCGAGGAGUCAGGGGUGGGCUACGUCGUGAGCGGCGCCGGAAACUUCCUGGAUGCUGACAUCCGACACUGGAACAAUGUCCCCAAAGGUUCUGUGAAGUUCUUCACCGGCCAAGCGUCCACGCUGGGAGGCUUUGUGCAUGCAGAAGUCACCAAGAGCCAAAUGAUCCUCACCUUCUACCAGGCUAAAGGCACGUCGCUCUAUCGCACCGUGCUCUCGCAAAGGAACUAGACUAAGUUUUGUAUCAUCUGGCAAUAUAUUUUUUAAUAUCUUUUUUUUUUAAUUGCAUAGAGAGAAAAAAAGAAACAUUUGGUCUUAAAAAGAUCAAGAUAACUGUUGUUCUAUAGCUCUGAAAAUAAAGGUUAUAUACUAAUUAGAA